UCCGCAGCGCCGCCGCCUGUGGUCCGCGCUGGAGGGUUCCCCUGCCCGUCCGAGGAGCCACCGCCGCCUCUGAGCAUGGCCGAGGAUCUGAUCCUGGAAAGAUGCGACCUGGAGCUGGAGGCCAAUGGCCGCGACCACCACACGGCCGACCUGUGCCAGGACAGGCUGGUAGUGCGGCGGGGCCAGCCCUUCUGGCUGACGCUGCACUUCGAGGGCCGCAGCUAUGAGGCCGGCGUGGACACCCUCACCUUCAGCGCCGUGACUGGCCCAGCCCCCAGCGAGGAGGCAGGGACCAAGGCUCGCUUCCCGCUGUCCGAUGCCGUGGAGGAGGGCGCCUGGACAGCCUCGGUGGUGGACCAGCAGGACGGCGUCCUGUCACUGCAGCUCAGCACCCCGGCCACCGCCCCCAUCGGCCUGUACCGCCUCAGCCUGGAGGCCUCCACCGGCUACCAGGGCUCCAGCUUCGUGCUCGGCCACUUCACCCUGCUCUUCAACACCUGGUGCCCGGCCGACGCCGUGUACCUGGACUCGGAGGAGGAGAGGCGGGAGUAUGUGCUCACACAGCAGGGCUUCAUCUACCAGGGCUCGGCCAAGUUCAUCAAGAGCGUCCCUUGGAACUACGGGCAGUUUGAGGACGGGAUCCUGGACACCUGCCUGAUGCUCCUGGACAUCAACCCCAAGUUCCUGAAGGACUCCUGCCGCGACUGCUCGCGCCGCAGCAGCCCUGUCUACGUGGGCCGGGUGGUGAGCGGCAUGGUCAACUGCAACGAUGACCAGGGCGUGCUGCAGGGACGCUGGGACAACAACUAUGGCGACGGCGUCAAUCCCAUGUUCUGGAUUGGCAGCGUGGACAUCCUGCGGCGCUGGAGAGACUAUGGCUGCCAGCAGGUCAAGUACGGCCAGUGCUGGGUCUUUGCUGCCGUGGCCUGCACUGUGCUGCGGUGUCUUGGCAUCCCCACCCGGGUGGUGACCAACUACAACUCGGCUCAUGACCAGAACAGCAACCUGCUCAUCGAGUACUUCCGCAAUGAGUUCGGGGAGCUCCAGGGUGACAAGAGCGAGAUGAUCUGGAACUUCCACUGCUGGGUGGAGUCGUGGAUGACCAGGCCUGACCUGCAGCCUGGCUACGAGGGGUGGCAGGCCCUCGACCCGACGCCCCAGGAGAAGAGUGAAGGGACAUACUGCUGUGGCCCCGUUCCGGUUCGCGCCAUCAAGGAGGGUGACCUGAGCACCAAGUACGACGCGCCUUUUGUCUUCGCCGAGGUCAACGCCGACGUGGUGGACUGGAUCCAGCAGGAAGAUGGGUCCAUGCACAAAUCCGUCAACCACUCCCUGGUGGUGGGGCUGAAGAUCAGCACGAAGAGCGUGGGCCGCGACGAGCGCGAGGACAUCACCCACACCUACAAGUUCCCGGAGGGGUCCCAAGAGGAGAGGGACGCCUUCACCAGGGCCAAUCACCUGAACAAGCUGGCCGAGAAGGAGGAGACGGGGGUGGCCAUGAGGAUCCGCGUGGCCGAGAGCAUGAGCAAGGGCAGCGACUUCGAUGUCUUCGCCCACAUCACCAAUGACACGGCCGAGGACCGCGCCUGCCGCCUCGUGUUGUGUGCCCGCACCGUCAGCUACAACGGGGUCCUGGGGCCCGAGUGCGGCACCAUGGACCUGCUCAGCCUCGCCCUGGAGCCCUUCUCUGAGAAGAGCAUCCCCCUUCGCAUCCUGUAUGAGAAGUACCGGGACAGCCUGACACAGUCCAACCUCAUCAAGGUGCAGGGCCUCCUCAUCGAGCCAGCUGCCAACAGCUAUGUGCUGGCCCAGAGGGACAUCUACCUGGAGAAUCCCGAAAUCAAGAUCCGGGUGCUGGGAGAGCCCAAGCAGAACCGCAAGCUGGUGGCUGAGGUGUCCAUGCAGAACCCGCUCUCGGUGCCCCUGACAGGCUGCUCCUUCACGGUGGAGGGGGCCGGCCUGCUCAAGGAGCAGAAGACGGUGGAGAUCCCGGACCCCGUGGAGCCAGAGGAGGUGGUCAAGGUGAGGGUGGACCUGCUGCCGCUGCACGUGGGCCUGAGCAAGCUGGUGGUGAACUUCGAGAGUGACAAGCUCAAGUCCGUGAAGGGCUUCCGGAACAUCAUCAUCGGCCCCUCCUAAGGGGCCUGCGCACUGCCCCCAGCCUGCGGAGAGCCCCCAGUCUGAUACUAAUCCUUACCCCAAGUUAACAGGCGACUUUUGCCCCUUCUUGGGCCCACAGCCCAGGGCGGGGGUGGGCUGCCAGGGGGACCCUUCGGAAUGGGAUGUACCCUGACAGCUGUCCUGACCACCUCUGCCAGCCUAGCCCCCCACCCAUGCCCCUUAACCAUGAGGACUGUUCCGUGCCAUCACACUAGGAAUCUUGACCUUGACUGACCACGGCUGGGGCGGGGGAGGAGGGAGCCAUACCUCCUUACCCAGCCCAGGUAGCACCUGGGAAGCCAGCGAUGGCCGCCACAUUGUUGAAUCCACUGCCAGCCCCCCUGGAGUGGGCACAAAAGGGGCAAAAGUGUGCCGGCUGGAUGGCACUGCCUUCCCUCUGUGGUCCUCAGCUGCCCCUUGCAUGUGAUGGAACUGCUCAUCUCCAAGUGCCUGAUGCUGUGUCGCCCAGCCUUGUAAAUAACCCCAGGGUCCGUUCCCUGCACCUGCAAGCCUUGGGUCCUGGGCCCACAGUGCUCCUGAGAGUGAAACGAUGAGCAUGCCGGCCCCUUCUCCCCGGCCCUGAGCCCAGGUGCCGCCCUUCAGAUCUCAGUACUAGGGAAGAGCCCUGGGUGCCUGGACUCCCAGGAGCCUUAGCUGUGGAUGCUGGUCACUGCCCAGUGAGGGCGGUGCCUUGGGCACGCCCUCUCUGCAAGGCUAGGACCUCCAGGCGCAGCCCUUGCCCCUAAGUUGUCAUCUCUGGCUCUAUGUCCUGCUCUGUGUGACUGGGCCUCCCUCAGGCUGGAAGGCGGUGUGGGAGAGAUGAGGUCACAGUCACCAGGGUCCCCAAAAUCCCAGAGAGGAUUGGGGAAAACCGCACUGGUGCACUUGGAGUAGUUUCUGUUUUGCAUGGGGAAGAAUCACAAAGUGAGCCACUGUGUGCAUGUUCUGUGUAGACAUAGCUCUGGUUCUCUAUGGUUCUGUAAGCUGUGGGGUUCCAAGCAGGCAGUGGAUGUGCUUUUGAACCACAAGAAGCAAGCACUGAAAUAAAAGAGCUUAUCUGCUGCACUCAA